UGAAUGUCUGCCGACGCCCUCCCCGUCGAACUUGUCGACAAGGCCAUCAAGUUUGCAUAUAAUGACGCCGAUGCUCUGACUCUUACGUCCUGUGCUCUCGUAUGCAGGAUCUGGGGAGCUGUAUCCCGACCAUACAUUUUUGAACGCGUCAAGAUCGCCUCAGACGAUCGCCUCACCGUCCUCGAGAACCUCGUCGAACGCGACGCCAACGUCGGUCCCUUCAUCCGUGCCCUUAUCGUUCAGCCUUCUCCCGUACUCACCACCGUGCCAUCUUCCUGGGUCGGCAGGCUCGCCAAGCGGCUACCAUCCAAGCUAGCGCGCCUACAGGCCAUCAGACUCAUCUGCAUCUUCGACCUCGGCGAAGCCUUCGAGCGCGGUUUCGUGCACGAGUUCGCCACAUUCGCCACCGUCGACCGCCUCACAAUUGACAAAUGCGCACUCAACUUAUCACUCGUGUACCUGCUCGCCGCAGCGCUACCGGGCCUCCGGCAUCUCCACCUCGGCGUUAUCAUGCCUGUGCUGUCUGUGCUGACCGAGCCCCUGGCGCAGCUACAUCCCCUUCGACUCACUUCGGUCGGGCUAGACGUGGGCAGCGUUUACCCCUACGGUCUUCGGGAUCUCGUGUCUGAGGUGCGCGCACCGCUCCGGAGCAUCACCCUUGGCGUCCUCGCCGCCCCCGACGUGCAUGCGCUCCCCAGCUUUGCACCGCUCGCAGCACACAUCGGCGAGGCGCUCAUGCGCACGCUGAAAGAAGAACGUGUGCUCUACUCUGGCCCCGUGCCCGAGAGCGCCAUUUUGGAGAAGCUGCAGCGAGAAUUGCCCGUCAUACACGCGAUGGGCGUCCUCAAGGUCGAGCGCGUUUGAAUGGGAUGUAAGUGCUGGUUCGGCUUUGCAUUGACAAUCCCGACUGGCUCUGCUAAACUGGUCCUGUGCGAGCUAGUCGGUCGUCGUUUCCAAUGACACUUGACUAGAAGAGUCGGUAAAGUAUUUGGUUUAGAAAUAGGCACCCCUGUCGUCGGGUCUAUCCGGUUUUGUAAAUUUGUCACAGCGCAUAAGAUCACGUUUCGACCCGAAUUAGCUAGCCUACUCAUUGGUAGUAAAAUCUGAAUUCAUGUUGAACUAGGCAUUGGGUUUCUACCUGCGAAAUUUGUGUACAUAUUUGUAGCAUUGAUAUCAACAGCUCAGACCAGUGAAA